UUAAAAAAAUUUUGUGAUAAAAAUAUUAAAUGAUUAUUAAACUAUUACUAUAUAUUGUACGAGCUAAUCACAUAAAUUAAAAGGAUACAUAAAAAUAUUGCACACAACGAAAAAGACGUUUUCACUUUUUCCUUUACCAAAACGUAAAAGUCCCCACCAAAAUGAGUAUCAUUGAUAGUGGAAAGUAUCGUUUACGCAAAGAUUGGGCCAGCGCCAGCAUACCAUCAUUGGUCGACAUUGAUGAACAUGCCGAUGAUGAAAUAGAAAAUAACUUAAAUAUAACAUCACCGUUACCACCACAAAAGCCACCACGACGAAGUUCAUUGGCGUUGGGUUUAUUUUCAUCAAAAACCGACAAAAGUCAGAAGAGACGGAGUUCCAUAGCGGUGUCAUUUCUAAGGCGCGACAGCAAUAAGAACUCUUCAAAAGACUCAUAUGAGUCUGCUGUAAAACAAGAAAAAAGUGAUGGUUCCGCUUUACCAAAUAGUCCAGAUGCUACAGUUUAUAGCUCUGAAGAAAAUAUACGCGCGUCAUCUCCUAAUGAACCGGGUAAAGUUACAUUUUUUGAUGAUGGAACUGGUAUGCGUCCUGUUGUAAAAGGAAUGGCACCUUAUGAUACAACGCCACCAAUUGAUAAAGAACGCAACCGACGUCGUCGCAGUUCAUUGCAAACAAAACUUGAUCGGCGUCGCCGUAAAAAUUUCGAAGUCAGUCAAUUAAGUGUUGACAACAGCUUACAAACGGGUUCUCAAAAUGACUUGACCAAUGAUAGUGCAGCUGGCGGUGGCUCAAAUGGUGAUCUUUCCAACGAUGAUAUUGAUUCUGAUCACGUAGCAUAUUAUCCACGUCAAAAACGCGGUUCUUGGUGGAAUAUAUUUGUGCCAGAUAAUCUAAAAACCAGGUCACGUAGGGCUAGUCAAGAUGUUUCGCUUAUGUCACGCAGUGUUGACAAUUUAUCAUUGCCAGUUCGCCGGAGCAAAUCACGCAGUGUUGAUCAUGGCUUAGCAGCGCCUUUCGAUUUGGACUCAUUACGCUCCAAAGUGGAAGGACGUUUCGAGAGUGUUGACAGAUUAUCAAAUGAACGCAAAAAAUCUUCGCUGCCCACAAUACCCACAAUCUCCUACACUGUGGGCAAUCGUGAUACACUAACCUCAGUAGCUGCUCGUUUUGAUACCACUCCAUCGGAAUUGACACAUUUGAAUCGUUUGAAUAGCUCAUUCAUCUAUCCGGGACAACAACUCUUAGUACCGGAUAAGAGCGCGAAAGAUGAUGCCUCAACAACAAGCUCCACAGGUACCACCGAUGAAAAAGGAGCUAGCGCAUCUGGUAAAUCAAGUCCUGUUGAACGUAAACUAUCCACCGACGAGCAAAAUGAUGAGAAAGAUUUACUUGAAGGUCUACGACCAGGGUCACCAAAGCCUGGUCAUAUCGAACGUAUUGAUGUUGCUAAAAAUCCCGACAAGACGGAUGAUCCUAUCAUAACACAACGUUUUCUCAAGAUUAACGUACGCCAUAUCACAGAUGGACAGGGUGUGGUCGGUGGCGUGCUGUUAGUCACACCAAAUGCUGUAAUGUUCGAUCCAAAUGUAUCAGAUGCACUUGUUAUCGAACAUGGACCAGAGAGUUACGGCGUUAUAGCACCCAUGGAGUUAGUUGUUAAUGCGGCCAUAUUUCAUGACAUUGCACAUAUGCGUGUUUCUGGUGGUGUUGAUUCUAAUCAAAAUGAAAAGGUUGAAAUUUAUUAUCCGCAAGCAGUAUUAGAUGCGCAAAAGGCUAAGGAGGAAGCCAGUGCUGAAGUUGAGGCAGCCGCUGAGGCUGAACCUGAAGAUGGUGCAGCUAAAAGUCGUUUAGAUGUUGAAGUUGGUUCAAUGGAAACUUGUGAUGAUCAAGAAUCCCUUUGCUCUGGCUCUGGCCGUGAUGGUGAUGCAUUUCCCAAAGCUUUUGAACGUGAGCGUAUUGAUGAUCAGGAUAAAAGUACAGCAGCCAAAGAUAGUGCAAAGACUGAUGGCGAAAAUAACACCGCCGAUGAUGAAAAGAAAAAUCUGAGUUUCACAGACACACGCACUACUUUAGAAGAAAGGCGUAAAAGUCUUUUAGAUCAUCAUUGGGCUAUACCAAGCAAAGAUAGAUUAUGUUUAUCUAAUUCUCGAAGAUCAUCUGAAGAUGAAGGUGACAACGAAUCGAACACAACAAUUGAUAGUGGUGCACGAGGACAGGAUCCACACUCGGCCACAUCAUCAAUAAGUGGUAUACUUGGCAAUCUAGCCGGUGGUAUAGCAGCAAUUGACCUCGAACAUUUGGAGCAAUUAUCCAAACAAUCAUGCUACGAUUCAGGCAUUGAUAUACGCGAACCAAUACCAAAUAUACAACCAAUACCAAAGAAAACUGUAUAUAGCGAUGCAGAUAUUGUAUUAAGCUCCGAUUGGGUACCACCGAAAACAAUUUCACCCACAUUUGUAAGUGAAUCACCGCCACGCAGUUCAAUUACUGGACAUAGUCUCGAUGCUAGCAUUGGUAGUGGUGCUGGAGGUACACGCAAGAAAACCUCAAGUGUUAGUUUUAGUGUAGAUGAUAACAAUGGAGAACAACCAAUAAAUGCGCAAAGUGAUAAAAACUCAGCAGAUAAGAAAAAUAAGAUGUUAAAACGCCUAUCAUAUCCUUUAACAUGGGUAGAAGGUCUCACUGGCGAUGCAACUGCACCUCCUGGCACUGGUAAUAUUGGCAGGUCAGCGGACACUGAUUCAGCUCCAAAUACUGGAGAUUCGAGUCAAAGCGUAUUUUCGAAAGUAUUUUCUAGACGCUCAUCAAUUGGUACAUUUAUGCGUCCACAUUCAUCGGAGGGCACUGCAUCCACAACUAAGCUAAAAGAUGUGAAACAGCAACCAAAAUUGGAUUAUCGGUCUAUGGUGUCUGUUGAUGAUAAACCUGAACUAUUCAUCAGUGUUGAUAAAUUGAUACCACGACCAGCUCGUGCUUGUCCAGACCCACCUUUGUAUUUACGCUUACGCAUGGGUAAACCCAUUGGCAAAGCAAUACCGCUACCGACAUCUGUUAUGUCGUACGGCAAAAAUAAGUUGAGACCUGAAUAUUGGUUCAGUGUGCCUAAAAAUCGGUGA